ACCAGUUUCAGCUCGGCUGUUUCUCGAAAAAGUGACACGCUUCUGUUUAAGUUUAUUUUACGUGAUUUCUGUUUGAAAAACAGAUUUAUUCACAAUUUUAUUUAUUGUUUCGUGUUUGUGUUUAUAUAAGAUAGAAUAAACUCACGAAAAUGAGUACUAUACUGGAGAAAAUUGCCGGUAUAGAGGCCGAGAUGGCCCGUACUCAAAAAAAUAAGGCUACAGCCCUUCAUUUAGGUAUUUUAAAAGCUAGAUUGGCUAAAUUGCGACGAGAACUGAUCACACCGAAAGGAGGCGGCGGUGGUACUGGAGAAGGUUUCGAUGUUGCCAAAACUGGUGAUGCCCGUAUUGGUUUUGUCGGCUUCCCGUCAGUGGGCAAGUCCACACUGCUGUCCACACUAGCUGGGGUCUACUCUGAAGUGGCAGCUUACGAGUUCACCACCCUUACCACUGUACCAGGGUGUAUUAAAUACAAGGGUGCUAAAAUUCAGUUGCUAGAUCUUCCCGGUAUUAUUGAAGGUGCUAAGGAUGGCAAAGGUCGUGGUAGACAGGUGAUAGCCGUGGCUCGUACCUGCAGUCUUAUCUUCAUAGUCCUGGACGUGUUGAAGCCGCUGCAGCACAAGAAACUUCUAGAACAUGAAUUGGAAGGCUUUGGUCUCCGGCUGAACAAGCAGCCUCCAAACAUACACUUUAGGAAAAAAGACAAAGGAGGCAUCAAUUUGAAUAUUACUUGCCCCCAAUCCGAGUUGGACCUGGAGACAGUCCGCACCAUCCUGUCCGAGUACAAGAUCCACAACGCGGACAUCACGCUGCGCUACGACGCCACCAGCGACGACCUCAUCGACGUGGUGGAGGGCAACCGGAUAUACGUGCCCUGCAUCUACCUGUUGAACAAAAUUGACCAGAUCAGCAUCGAAGAGCUAGACGUAAUCUACAAGAUCCCACACUGCGUGCCCAUCUCCGCGCACCACAAGUGGAACUUCGACGACCUGCUAGAGAAGAUGUGGGAGUACCUGAAGCUGGUCCGGAUAUACACCAAGCCGAAGGGCCAGCUCCCGGAUUACAACUCCCCGGUGGUGCUCCAUGCUGACCACACGUCGGUCGAGGACUUCUGUAAUAAGCUGCACAGGACCAUUGUGAAGGAGUUUAAAUAUGCGCUGGUGUGGGGAUCAUCUGUGAAGCAUUUACCGCAGAAAGUCGGUAUCGACCACAUCCUAGCCGACGAAGACGUUGUCCAGAUUGUGAAAAAAGUGUAAAAAAAACUAUAAUUACUAAGACGAAAAUGAUAUUUUGUGUCCAGUGUACAGAAUUAUGUUGUUUUUUUUACAAAAAACAUAAUUAUGGUCUAACCAAUAUUAUGUGUUAAUUUUUGUUGUGAAAUUAAGGUUCUACUUAUUUGUAAUAUUAUGGAUGCGUAAUUAUAAUGGGCAUAGCUAAAAUAAGGUGUUGUUGUGCAUUAGCCGCAAAGUAAUUUCGUAAAGACAAAACGAUUGAUACAAAACUGGGUGAAUUUACUUUCAGUCUAUGUUAUUUUUGUGACGUCUGUACAACAAUCCAAAAUUAGUUACACAAUGCGUGGAAUUUUGUAAGUGGUUGAGCUGCAGCCUGAUAAACCCAUAGACAUAAUUGUAAAACUACCAAAUGCAAAAAAGGGCUGCUUUGUCUCAAUAACUGAUAAAUUACAGCCCUAUAUUCACCAUGUUAUCAAAUCAAUCACUAUAGAAUACUAGAGAUGUAACGUAGUUAUGCCAUUUUUUUCACUGCAACAUGUUUUAUUGCUUUUAACUUUACCUACCUUCACGGUAAAAUUAACUUUGUUUGCCCUACACGACGAAUGUAUGUAUGGGGAUGUUUAUUUUUUAUUUUAUAAUGUACAGAAACCUAAUAAAAAAAUAUAAAGUAUAA